CGGACUGGGUCUUGGGAGUCGAACUAGCGGCACCUCCCGAUGCUCUGGUAGCCGGACCGGCCCCCUCGGCGGCACCGGAGGAGACCAUAGCGGCACCUCCGUCCGUUGUACAAGAGGACUUUAAAGCUCACCAGGAGCUCCUCAAAAGGGUAGCCUCGAAUCUCCAACUCCAGGCUGAGGCGAUGGAGGAGCCGUCGGACACCCUUUUCAAUGUUCUGUCCUCCUCGGCACCGGGCUGUGUGGCCUUACCCCUUCACCAAGGUGUGGCCAAUAUAUCGACUGCCCUGUGGCAGACCCCAGCUUCCUUGGUGCCCAUCUCCAAGAAAGCAGAAAAAAAGUACUUGGUUCUGGCUAAGGGACAUGAGUACCUGUACUCCCACCCGGCACCUAACUCCCUGGUGGUGGAGUCAGUCAACUAUCGGGAACGCCACGGCCAGCCUGCACCCACCACCAAGGACAAAGACGUCAGGGACCGGGAACAUGCCACCCUCCUAAACCAAGAGGUGGCGCGCCUUCUCAACCUGGAUCUCCGACCCCAGACCAAGAUGACGAGCUGCGGCCUCCUGAACAGUUCCAACAAGCCGGUGCCCCUGCGCAGUGGCUCGGUGACGGUGCUGAUCCGAGGCUUCGUGGCGGAUGUCGGCUGCGAGCUGCUCUACAGGAAUGAGGAGCCGGAGCCAGUGGAGGCCGUGUUCGUGUUCCCCGUGGACGCCGAGGCGGCCGUCUACACCUUCCAGGCCCGCCUGGGGGGCGCCUGCAUCGAGGCCCAGCUCCGCGAGAAGAAAAAGGCACAAGAGCUGUACGGGGAUGCGCUGGCCGCGGGGCAGAGCUCAUUCUUGCUGCAGCAGGAGGGGACUGGGGGCGACGUUUUCAGCUGCUCCCUGGGUAACCUGCCCCCCGGGGAGGAGGCGGUGCUGACCCUGCGCUACGUCUGCGAGCUGCCGCUGGAGCCCGAUGGAGCCGCCCGCUACAUGCUGCCAGCUGUGCUGCGCCCCCGCUACACGCCCCAUGGUGAGACCUACAGAUACCCCUGCCACGUUAGCCUGCCUGGGUGGGACGGGGAGGACGUCACCCAGGGGGUCCCACGAGUCCCCCAGGGGGAGCUGCCCUACACCCUGAGCCUGAGCGUCACGCUGCAGUCACCCCAUGGCCUCGACCGCGUACUCUCCAACUGCUCCCUCACCCCCCUAAGCUACACGGCUGGGAACCGGACCACCGCCCAGGUGUCUCUGGCUGAGGCCCCCCCGUGGGACCGAGACGUGGAGCUGCUGGUGUAUUACGCGGAGCCGCACAAACCUAGCGCGGUGCUGGAGGUUGGGUUGCCCGGAGCAGAGCCAGGCUCCCUGAUGGGCGACCCGGCCGUGAUGGUGACCCUGCUGCCCAGCCUGCCCGAGGCUGUACCAGGCCAGAGCUCGGCCGGGGAGUUCAUCUUCCUGCUGGACCGCUCCGGCAGCAUGGAGUGCCCCAUGGACGGCCGAGACCGCUCCCCCCAGCGCAUCGACAGCGCCAAGGAGACCCUGGUCCUGCUGUUGAAGAGUUUGCCCCUGGGCUGUUAUUUCAACAUCUAUGGCUUUGGGUCUCGGUUCGAGUCCUUCUACCCGCAGAGCGUGGGAUACACCCAACAGACCAUGGCCGAGUCCCUGCAGCGCGUCCAGCAGCUCCAGGCUGACCUGGGGGGCACCGAGAUCUUGGCGCCGCUACGAGCCAUUUACAGCAGCCCCUGCCGGGACGGGCACCCACGCCAGCUGUUUGUGUUCACGGACGGGGAGGUGGGGAACACCCAGGAUGUCAUAGCUGAGGUGCAGCGUCACCGGGGGGCCCACAGGUAA